GCAGCCCGGUCGGCAGCAACGCAGCCCGCCGCGAUGUCGCGCUCCUUCUAUGUGGACUCCUUAAUCAUCAAGGACUCCUCGAGGCCGCUGCCGGCCCUGCCCGAGCACCACCACCACCACGGCCAGGACUUCUUCAUCCCCCUCGGCGUGCCGUCCCCCCUCGUCAUGUCGGUGGCGGGCCCGGGAUGCCCGUCCCGCAAGAGCGGGGCCUUCUGCGUCUGCCCGCUCUGCGUCACCUCGCACCUGCACUCCUCCCGCGGGGGGGGCGGCGGCGGCGGCGGCGGCGGCGGCGGUGGCGGCGGGGCCAUCCCGCUGCUCAAGGGCCAGUUUCCCCCUGCCGCGGCCGCCGCCGCCGGCGAGGCCCAGUGCUGCCCGCGGGGCAGCCCCGCCGCCCCCCCUCCGCAGCCCCCGCCGCCCGCCGUGCCCGCCGCCGCCCUGGGGCACCCGCCGCAUCACCCCCCCGCCUGCGCGGCCACCGCCUACAGCGUCAGCGACCCGCGGAGGUUCCACUGCCUCGGCAUGGGAGGGUCCGAUUCCAGUCAGAUCCAGAACGGGAAGAGGAUGCGGACGGCGUUCACCAGCACGCAGCUCCUGGAGCUGGAGCGGGAGUUCUCGUCCAACAUGUACCUGUCCCGGCUGCGCCGCAUCGAGAUAGCCACGUACCUGAACCUCUCCGAGAAGCAGGUGAAGAUCUGGUUCCAGAACCGCCGCGUCAAGCACAAGAAGGAGGGCAAAGGCGCCCCGCGGAGCUCUCACGGCGGCUGCAAGUGCGGCACGGGCCAGGGCCACUUCCCCAGGUCGGAGGACGAGGAGUCCCUGUCCCCAUCCUCGGCCACCGAGGAGAAGGAGAUCUCCCCGCUCUGAAUCGGCGGGGACACCUCGGGCGACGCCGUCGGAGCCCGCGGGCAGAGGCCGUCGGUGUGCUCAGCGGUGGGAGUUCAGCCACGGCGCUGUGUGCGGACCCUGGGACGGGCACCUGCCCUGCCCGGCUCGGAGCGCGGACCCGGCCAGGAGGUCUUCCCUGCCUCUCCCCGGAGCGGUAUGAAGGAAGAAAAACCCUCCCGAAGUAUUUGGGACCGAUAGCCGAGACUUUAAAACCUGAAAAGAACUCGUAGGCUGAGAACCUCCUGGACGAACUUUCUGAAAGUGAAUAAGGAAGGCAAUAAAGCACCGGUCGCUUGGGUUCGGGC